ACAGGCCCUAGACUCAUGACCUCUAUCAAGGAGCAGGCGGCCAUCAGCCGGCUGAUGAGCUUUCUCCAAGAGUGGGACAAAGCUGGCAGUGCCGGCAGAAAAAGCAUCCUGGAGAGGUUCAUCAAACUCAACUCCGGCAAGACCGGCCCAGAACUAGAGCAGGAGUUCUCCCAGGGAGCCAGCUUGUUCCUGAUGCGGCUGACCACGUGGCUGCGGCUCACCUACAUGAAUGGGUCCUGCUUAGAUAAGCUGCUGAAGUCCAUCGGUAUAUUCCUCUCUGCUGUGAGCUGUAAUCGGUACCUCGUGGAGUUUCUGGAGGUUGGGGGAGCCUUAACCCUCUUGGAAAUCCUGGGUUUGGAGCAAAUAAAUGAUGAGGAAAAAAAAGAGGCUAUUCUGCUGCUCAAAAUGAUCACCGGCUGUGGGCGGAAAUACAAGGAACUCAUCUGUGAGAGCUACGGCGUGCGGUCCAUUGCAGAAUUUAUGGCAACUUCCCGGAGUGAACCCGCCCUGGAGGAGGUGCAGUCCCUGAUGGACUCUUUAGUCCACGGGAAUCCCAAGUACCAGCACCAGGUGUAUAAAGGCCUGAUUGCCCUGAUGCCUUGUAACUCCCCCAAAGCCCAGCAGCUGGCACUUCAGACCCUCAGGGUGGCCCAGUCCAUCGUGGGGGCGGUGCACCCUACUAUAGUGGAGUUUCUCAUGGGGUCGCUGCGCACCAUGCACCUGGAGGUCCAAUAUGAAGCCAUAGAGCUGAUCAAAGACCUCAUCAACACUGAAAUUCGGGCUAAUCUGCUUCAAGGCCUUGUGGACCUGCUGAAACCAUCUGCCAAAGAUAUCAGCAAAUUUCAGCCUAAGAUCUUAGAAGACCCAUCAGUAUUCCAGGUCUCUGCCCACCUCCCUGUGUUUUUGCAGCAAGCUGCUGCUGCUAAGGCCAUUGGGAUCUUAGCUCGAGGAUCCAUGGCCGUGGCAGAAGAACUGUUGUACAUGCGGGUGAUCAAUAACCUGAUAUACGCCAUGGGCAACCAGGACCACAGCAAUGGGCAGCGCCUGGCCAGCCUCACUUUGGAGUACUUUGUCCAGACAUUUCCCGUUGUGGAGGAGCAUGUGCACAAGGCCUUUGGGGAUACUCUGUUCAGUCUUUUUAUGAGCAAUGCAGAGGAAUUAUACAUAAAUAUGGAUAGCAUCCAAGCUGAUAUCCUGGUCUCCAACAAGAUCAACAUCCCUGAAGCUUUAGGUGUCAUCUCUUCCAAAAUUUCCAUGAGUAUGUGGGAUGAGUGGGAAGACUUCAAGUCUGAGGAGGAAAUGGAUGAGGAAGAACCAGCUAAGAAGGAUGUACCCCAGGUGUAGUUCUAUCCCUCUUCUCCACCUCUGACCUUGUAUUCUCCAUCCCUAUCUGCUGGUGGUCUGCUAAGUUUGGGAGAAGGGAGGCCACUGAGGAUGAGGAGGUGCAGAAGCAGCUGUGGGGAUAGGGGUAAAAGAGGCUUUCCACCCAGCAAAGCCCUUGACUAUGGCGGGGUUGGAGGGAGCCUUGACUGCCUCCUCAACUCCACUUCCUACCUCUGUGUUUCUGAGGGAUAUAAGAC